AAAGAAUCAAGCCUUAAAAUUUUUAUUUACAUAUGUAAGUUAUGUGUUGCCAUGAUUUUUAAACAGUAAUGUACACAGCAAUGCAUUCGUUUCUAUUUCUUAUAAUUCAAAAUCCUAAUAACAGAACGGCAGUCAAACUUUUUUUUUUUUUAAAAGCCUGUGGUCGAAAUUGUGGUAUAAGGGUAUAUGAGGACAAGUGGUUGAAGAUUUUAACGAAAAGUGGUGGAUAUAGUGCAAACCUAAGAGCAUAUGGCCACCUUAAUGGUAACAAAAUGUAUGGCUAAAUAGGGUUGUUGCUGAGAACUUUUUGGAUGUCGGAGAAUUUGUGGCCGCAUUUGUAUCGAAAAAGUCGGCUGGGGCAUGAAAUCGACUAACUAUAUACUAAAACGAGACCGACUACAUGAGUCCUUGACCACCCGAGCGAGAACCACUUCGACCCUAUAAGCCCGAGAGUGAUUUCCUAACCUCAAACAAUUAUUUUUGUUGUAAAAAUGAGGGUUGCUCCUAGACUACAGAUACAGGUGCAACGGUAGAGAGUAGCCUUGCAGUACAAUUCAAGCGGUUCAUUCGAUACAGUUUAAUUAAAAAGGCUAAGAGUAAUAUAAAAAUAAAAACUAGUACAGCCAAAUAAACAAGAAAAACGGGAUAUGUCAUACCACAUUACUUCUUCGGCAACACGGAAUGUUACAUUACAAUCAUGUAUGGAAGAGAAUUCAUUCUCACAAGAAGCAGAGGACUCCGACGAGGAACGCGAGCUAACCAACCUUAAUUGGCUUUUGAGGAAUCAAAAUUUAACUUGGCCGAAAACCAUUGAUUACAACCCAACCGAUAUUUUAAAUUCGAAAAGGAACGCAGAACCAACUCACAAGUCAAGAGACCAUGAUAAACAUAUCAAAAUGUUUUAUUCUACGCGUGAACGCACAGAUAAAAUAUCCCAUAUAAUUUUAGGGGCUAAUGCGCAAAAAUCUAUAACAAAGAGACCAACUGCGUCAGAACGCUUUGAAACAUUCGUCAAUAAAGUUAAAAGAGACUUAACAGAAUAUGAAAAGUUGGCUAGCAAGUAUGAAACCGACGUGACCGAGAAACCGCCUUUUAAUUAUUCACAUAUAAUUGGAAUGGCUAUGUUACAAAAUGGGCGAAUAACUUUACAACAAUUAUGUUCUUGGAUAGAGGCCAAGUUUGCAUUUUUUAGAGUUCGAAAGAAAUGGAAUAAUUCCAUUAGGCAUAAUUUAUCAUUGCACCAUUGCUUUCGUAACCGAAAAAGAGAAGAAAGGGGAAAAGGUGGUUACUGGGAGCUGGGAGUCGACCCAAAAAAAUGUGACCGGAAACGAAUUCGAAAUAGAAAAAUUUUGCAUCCAACGGAAAAUCAAACUGCUAAGUUCCAGUAUGAACACUUAACAGAAAUACAACAAGCCAACUCUGCUCGGCAAAAUCAUGCAAGAUUCGUUCAAAAAUCGAAGACAAGUAGUCUUCCAGAAAAAUCUGAAGCAAAUAUCUUUAAUAUCGUGCCCCAUGAAGAACCUAAUAUAGCUGAUAAAAAUGAUGAGCAACGUCAGUUACGAAGAAUAAAUAAAGAGGACAUUUUAAAAAAGAAGUCUGAGCUUGACACUAUUAUAUCGAGUACUGAAUCAUUUUUAACAGAACCUCAAAACUUAAACUGUUUUUUUUCCAACAAGACGGAUACUACCAACACGCCCAUUCCUGCAGAAAAGAAUUUCUGCACAUUCAAUAAUUUCUAUUCCGAAAUGACACCUGUGCUUGCUUCAAAUUCAAAUAUCGUAGAAGACCAAAAUUUAUCAAAUGAUGUAUCCUGUCCUAGCCAUGCAUGCAACAUAACAAUCAAUUAUGAUUACACUAACUUUCAACCAAUAGUAGAUAGCAUUGCCGAGCAGUUCCAAUGCCUGCAUGAUAGCGCUGAGUAUGAUCGAAACGACGACAUCUUAGAAAACCUUCUUGAUGUUUGUGUUACGCACUAUUAAAACAGAACUUAUUGCAAUACAAAAACCAAAAAUGUUUGUUUACAAAGCUAUUAUACAAUGAUUCAAUAAAGUGGCUUGUAUUAUCGACGAUUUUAUUUCUCCGGCUCCAUUCCAAAAAUUUAAGGUUCGUUCGCUUUACUACUUCA